GCUCAAAUAAAUUGUUUCGUCGAGACAAAGCGUAAUUAUUUAUUGGCUAAGAAUUGUUUCAUUUUUACAAAGCACAAUCACAAUCACUAACAACAAGAACAUCAAAAGCACUAAGAACUGACACUGUUUAAACAUCGGAAAGCGCGCGUGUAGCGUAGAAGCCUCGACGAGACAAUACUACGUUUAAUAUGAGACUUGACCACGUUUUCCCAAAACGGAGUAGAGCACCAAGUAGAAUUAUACGGAGAACGAAGAAACAUACUAGGAGCAGUCGCACUAUCAUGACAGCACCAGCAGCAAGAUAUACGAACUUGAACUGUUCUCAGGUAUGGUGCGCUGCGAGAAAACGCCUUCAUGACGACAAGAGUUUCUGCGAAAAAAUAUAAUAACAAUAACUCUUACCUCACACGGGGACAGGCCUAAUCAUAUUUUAUGCUGAAUAGAAGGAGAUCGAUAUCUAGUACUACGUGUACCACCUUUGUAGAAAUUCGAGCGGAUCUGUUAGGCUACAAUUUGAAUUUAGGGCAAAAGCUCAUACAACAUUGUGAAACAACAACUUCUAAAAUUGAAAGCUAGCAAGCUACUGUUUCUGCCUGAAGAGUUAGUACUAGACGAGCAACAGUAUCGAUAAUUAUACCCUGCCAGCAGGAGCAGAAGGUUUUUAUGAGCAACAAAUUUAUGGACCACGACCACGUCGUCAUCGUACAAGGAGGGCUUUGAGGGCUUCUUUGCUUGCUCGAUCACUUUCGCUACAACACCAGCUCAAGCUCAACAUUUUGUACUCUCAGUAGAAAUCCGCGACGGCCCCUUCAUCUGUGUCUCCCACAACAUCAGCACCACAACGAACACCCAUCGUCCGCAAAAAAAAUGGCUUCCUCAUCAAGUCACAUGACGCCUUUAGGGCAGAUGGAUGAGAGGUCAGUCUCAAUGAACACCUUGGACGAACCAGUAAUAGACACAAUAAAACGCGACUUGAACGCGAUAGGGGAGAAGCUUAAAUACGUCCUCAUGCCACAGGCGAGGGUGGAUAAGGUACUUACCUACUCUUAGGUCGUUGUAUAUGAAAUGAAUUAGAUAAGCAUCACCCUGAGUGUUGGUGUCGUGUAGGUAAAAGUAAUUUUUUCUGACAUUUCGUAGUACACAAAUACAAGGUGCAUCAACUUCAUCCAAUAGCCUACACUAUGAAAAAAUGUUAUCCAUCAACCACUCUUCGGCAGGGCGCAGGGCUAAGGAAAUGGGACCUGUGGGGACCAUUGUUCCUUUGUCUAGGACUCUCAACGAUAUUAGCAAGCCAAGCUCAUAAAGACCAAGCAGGGAAAGCUUUCGCUUUAGUGUUCAUUCUCGUAUGGUAUUUCUAAAUUAGGCUCACUUUAUUACCUUUUUUAGAAGUCGAAGUCCUAAAUCAAUUGAUAAAACGAUGUCGCGCUGUGUCUGUGACAUAGCUGAAAUAUGAUCUUUUUUUCCAGGCCGCAGCAGCUCAUCGUCCACUAGCUUUGCCUACAUCAAUGAGACAACCAAAAUAUAUCGCACUCAUUACCUCUACACCAGGGCCGGAUCCGGAGUAGUUACGCUGAACACAGUGCUGCUAAAGGGCAAGAUAAGUUUCUUCCAGAGUGUGUGCGUUCUUGGUUACUGCAUUUUCCCACUAGUCCUUGCUGCUUUCGCUUCUGCGCUUAUUAGCUACAAGCUGUUUAAGGUACAAACACUUGCGCAAAAUUUUGUGAAGACUAAUAUAUUUAUAUAGUGCUUUCUUGUUCUUCUGGAAGGAGAUGGAGUCUUCACAUGAGCCUCCAUUCGGCUGCUCCGUCAUUUCAUCUCUUAACUGUGUCCGUAGACAUGACUUUCAUUCGUCCCUCAAUCGAUCACAACUUUCAGGUAAUAUUCGUCCUCGUGGGUUUCAUUUGGUCAACAGGGGCUUCCGUCGGUUUUAUGUCUGACACCGUUCCCGAGGACCGGAAGGCCCUGGGCGUCUAUCCUGUUUGGCUGUUCUAUGUAGCAAUUGCUUGGAUGAUAUUACUUGCAUGAGAAAGCACUUCUAAGCAGGACAACAGCAAGUUGAAUUUUUGUGGAGGACACAGAAGUUAGAAACAAAAUGGAUCUGAAGGAGGUCGGAAGCAAUGGGAAUAAUUUCUGGCGAUACAACGAUGACGAUGAAUGAUAUCCUCGGAUGGUGACAUGAAUCAUUCAAUUUGCUGGAAAUACUCAUGUCGUGUGUUCAUCUGUCCAAUAACAUGUUCGCUGAGCAGAAGACGUGGACAUGAUUGCUCAACAACAAUUGCA